UAAAGCAGCAUUGUUGUUUGUUAAAUAUGUUUAAAAACCUGCCUGAUUCUCAUAUAUAGUUCUAAAAAAAAUUAUUGUUGGAUUAGGGAAAAUUUAAUUCUAUAUAAACUUCCAUGGAUGGAUAAACAUUAUAGGAUAAUACUACAUGAAUAAUGUACUUUGAUUAAUACUACAGUUUAUUAAUACUCACUAGUCAAGCAGUACAUUAAUUACUACUACAUUAUUGCCAAAAUUACUAUAGCUGAAUUUUGGAAAUUACAUUAAUUGAAAUUAAUUAUUUUACUUAGCCUACUUUCUGACCUUGCCAUGACAACCUGCCAGCAAAGUUGGGUAAUGAACCAGCAAACACAGCAGUGAAAAUAAGUCUAAAAACUUGCUAGUUAAGUGUGAUUUUCUUACAGUGGAAUCAAGUUUUUGGAUAAUUACAUGCCAUAACACAAUGUGAUAUCAGCCUAACCAAUUCACUUUGUAAUCAGAUACUGGCUGAAUUUGAAAUUGUAAACUUAUCAUUCUUAAAAGUUUGUCAGUAAUACUUUUUUUUUCUGUAAGUAGAUUAACUUAAUACAUGUAGAGGUAGACAGGGUGUGUUUCAGUAGAACCAGAAUAAUCUCUUUAAAUGUAAUUUUCUCCCUUUUUACGUUUUGGCAUAAUCACACUUUUAAAUGCAACUUUAAAACUUUAUUUGUGAUUGAUAGGCAAAAGAAAAACAUAUUUUACUUCAACAAAGCUUGUACUUUUCAGAAAUAUACAGUAGGGAAAAAGACCAUAUGAAGGGUUUUCUCAGGCCACUGCACAAAUGAAGUGCUGUGGUUAUAUGAACUUAAUUUCUAAGAUGGACUCAACAUAAACAUGCUUCAUUUCCAGAGUGGGUGAUAAUGUGCACUAAAGAUUAUAUUAAGUGGAAAGGACUACUGCCAAACACAUUACUUCACAUUACAUCACACUUGUAUAUUUUGCAUUUGCAAAUGCACUGUAUUUACAGUUUUGUGAUUGGGGUAUGGUUAAAUAUAAUUACUUAUCAGGUGAUUUUAUUGAAAUUGAAAAACAGAUUGAAAAUGGUUAAUGUAGCGUUUUAUUAUGUUCAGACUACUAAAAUUUUAUUUACAUGCAUAUAUUCUUUCUGCCAUUUGUACAUUAUAUGAAGUAAUUUUGAACACUCAACUUUUUGAGACUUUUGAAUAAAAUAAAUCAAUUGCAUCAAUAGCAUUACUUUCUCUUUCUUCACAUGACCCGACUACAGAUCUUUAUCAUCUGUCAAUUGCUCAUAGAAGUAGAACAGUAUAAAACACUUACCAUGUAAGGGGUUAACUUUUUGUCUUUAUGUCUAGAGGGACCACUAGCCUGGAAGUGCAAAUACUAAACUAGGCUAAGGGAAGGGGUGGGGGCUGAUAUUUUUGAGCAGGGAAUCAGCUGUGUCGCAUGUCACUCGCCGUCUAUAGUAGAAAGAUCACUUUAUACAGGGGCUCUGAGCAUUUCCAGCUCCCUGGAAUGGCUUCACCUACAAACAUGCUAGCCGAAGAGCAGGUCCAUUGUUCCAUCUGUUUGGAUGUCUUCACCAAUCCAGUGUCCAUCCCCUGUGGCCACAACUUCUGCAUGGGCUGCAUUGGUGGCUACUGGAAGACCAGUUCCCUCUUCAUGUGCCCCAUGUGCAAGAAAACCUUUUUCAAGCAGCCAGACAUUAGCAUCAACACGGUACUGCGUGAGAUUGCAGAGCAGUUCAAGGAAAUGAGAAUCAAGCCUGUCCUGAAGCAACAGCAGUCCCAGCAACAACAUGAGCCAGAGAAACUACUGGAAGAGCUACCCUUGGAAAUACCAGAAUUGAUUCCCCCAAGUGGGCCUUUGAUUGAGGCAGUGUGUUGUGACGUCUGUACUGGGCCUCAGCAACAGGCUGUGAAGUCGUGCCUGGUGUGCCUCACUUCAUACUGUGAGGAACAUCUAAAGACACACACAGCAAGAUUCACUAAACACAAAUUGAUUGAGCCAGUGCAGAAUCUGGAAGACCGCAUGUGUAAGAAGCAUGAGAGGCUGCUGGAACUGUUUUGUAAGAAAGAUCAGAUCAUGGUGUGCGUGCUCUGCACAGAGAUGGACCACAGGGCACACUACACGGUGCCGGUCGAACGAGAAUGGAGUGAGAAAAAGGCUCUGCUACGAAAAACAGAGGCAGAGGUUCAGCAGAUGAUCCAGGAACGACUCAAAAAGGUGGAGGACAUCAAACACUCUGUCGAAUUGAAUAAACACAGCGCUCUUAGGGAGAUUGAGGACAGUAUGCAGGUGUUCUCAAACGUGGUCCGUAUGGUUCAAAAAGCCCAGGCUGAGCUCAUUCUUGCCAUAGAAGAGAAGCAGAGGAAAACAGCGAGCUGGGCUCAGGGACUCGUCGAGGAACUAGAACGGGAGAUUGACAUGCUGAAAACAAGGAACAGUGAGAUAGAACAUCUUGCUCACACUGAUGACCACAUUUACUUUCUUCAGAAACUCCCAUCUCUAAUCACCCAUCCACAAGCUAAAGACUGGUCUGAGGCCCAUGUGCCCACAGAUCAGUGUCUGGGGACAAUCAGGAGAGCUGUGUCCAAGCUUGAGGAAACCCUGAGAGAAGAGAUAGAGAAACUUGCAGAAACUGAGCUGAAGACUGUUCAGAAGUACUCAAUGGAUGUGACCCUUGAUCCUGACACAGCCAAUCCCUGGCUGCAACUCUCUGAGGACAGACGACAGUUGCGUCACCUGGGGGCAUGGCAAGACCUGCCUGACACACUAGCGCGUUUUGACACAGUGGUCAUCACCCUGGGCCAUGAAGGUUUCACCUAUGGUCGCCAUUACUGGGAGGUCCAAGUGGGUGAAAAAGAUGACUGGUACCUGGGUGUUGCCAGAGAGUCUGUCAACAGGAAAGGGCGGAUUGCUAUAAGCACGUCUCAAGGCUAUUGGGCAUUGGCUAUGAAGAAGGGACAGGAGUACAGAGUCUCCUCAUCUCCACCUCUUAUUCUUUCUGUCAACCCCAAGCUGAAGAGAGUGGGCGUGUAUGUGGAUUUUGAAGAAGGACAGGUGUCAUUUUAUGAUGCAAUAUCAAGUAGUCACAUCUACACCUUCAUGGACUCGUUCCAAGAGAAAAUAUACCCGUUUUUCUACCUUUAUUGCUGUGAUAAGGCCUCGGACAUACUGAGCAUCUGUCCAGUGAUGGGGGUAACACACAACAAACAGUGCUGAACACUAUUACAAGGACAAUAAGAACACGUUUAAAUUUUACAUUUUAAUCCAUUUUUUUGUUUUAUGAAACUAUAUGACGUGUUGGUGCUUUAAACUGACACCUAGUGGCUGAGUGAAGUGAAGCAUCAAUAUCAACCCUGGUGUUAUGGAGAUGCAACUGCUUGUGCUUCAAAAUAUCAAUAACUUAGGAACUGACAGAGCUGUUGUUACAGCCAGGCUUUUAAUAUUAAACUAAUAAGACGUCUUAAAUGUAAAUGCUACCACAGUGUAAUUUUUUGGGGUCUAUGGUUUGGAAGGCUUAGAAAAAAAUGUCUGAUGAUUUUAAUGAAUUAAUAUAUUUUCUGAAAUGUAUCCAACAUAUAAAUGUCAAUAGUUGGAUUAUAUUAAUAAAACAAAAUUGAGCUGCAAUUAAAUUAGAUUACUCGAAUAAAAUGAAAUCCUCUGUCUAUUCAUCUGUCAUUUACAUGUACAGUAUUUGCUGUGUACACUCCUAUUCCAUUCAUUAAUAUACUGCAAUCAUGGAUUAUUAUUAUCUUUACAAUUUUCAUAAAUGUAAAUAAGUGGAAUACUCAAAACCCUGUCUAAAGAAG